GACGGAUUGUAUCCCGUUCUUCAGUAGUCCCAAGUAGCCAGUAUAUAUCUAUGGUCUAUGUCAGUACACAAUAUAGAGAAACAGUUUGGUAGUUCCUGAGAUAUAUUUUUUUUUCUGACAGUACAGUAAAGGUCUUUGGUUGCCGGCUGUAUGUGAUGUGUUGUAGGCAUGCGAAAUCUUUCACGGAGAUUCAUUAUAUUUUUGAGUCUCUAGAGUUUGUAAUUCGAAGAAGUUAAAAAUGGAGAAUGAUAUUUUAGACUCUUUAGAAGAUCUAGGGUACACCGGUCCACUGCUUGACGAUUCCUGCUUGGAAAAAGCUUUAGAUGGUGGCCCAAAAUCCGUCGAGUACACGGCCCUUGUGGAAUGGAUAUCAAAAGAACUCCAGACACUUUACCAUUUGGAAGAACACGUUAACGCUAUCACAACGGCAGAGGAUUCUAGUUCGUUCAUGCUAGAACUCAGUAGUUUCUUGAAGGAGUUGGGAUGCGCAUAUAGCCAACUUACUGGGGGACAUAUGAGUGAAAGACUGGGAUCGAGGAAGAAUCGGAUGUUACUUCUGGACUUUCUUCUGACUGAGCUACAGGCAGCACGGAUGAUCCAAGUCAAUAAACCAGAUGACUCUAAAACGAUGCAAGUUGAGUUGAGUGAAAGUUCCACUGCAAGUGACCUGAAAAACAUGCUGAUAGCAUUAAAAUUUCCGAAACCUCCAGCAAAUAUUACUCCAGCCCUUUUAUUUGGAAAAGUUGAAACAAAGAUGAAGGAGGUAUUGGCGAAAGCAUCUCCUGAAUUAAUUGGGAAGCCGUUAUUCACAGGUGUUCUAUCGGACAAACAGUGGCACAUCCUAGCUAACUUACAGUCUGAAAUGCAAGACGAGUAUCGUGUACGGAAAGAACUCCUAAUAAAGAGAUUAGAUGUGACUAUACAGUCAUUUCAGUGGUCAGAGCGGAUGCGUGGUAGAGAGGACGAGAUUGCAUCUAUUUUUCUAGUUCGUCGGAAAGCUUUAGACUCUGAGCCAAAUGUCCAUCUUGCUGAUCUUUUAGCAGCUCGAGAAGACCUGGCAGUCAUCGAAAAGACAAGCAGUGCUUCAGUCCGCAAGAACACUCAGUCUUCUAUCAAUAAAGUCAUCAUAGGCAGGGUUCCAGAUAGAGGAGGCCGCCCAAGCGAACAGCAGCCACCCCCACCAGAGAUGCCUAGUUGGCAGCAAUCAAAACCAGGUGGCGGAGGCCGAGGUGGUUUUGGGGGUGGAGGUGGCGGUGGGAGGGGAGGAGGUGGUGGCGGUGACAGAGGUGGUAGAGUACAAGGUGGUUGGAACACAGGCAAUGCAGGUGGUGGCCGUGGUGGUGGCGGCGGAGGCGGUGGCUACCAAGGUGGUGGCGGCGGAGGUGGUGGCUACCAAGGCGGCGGUGGUUACCAAGGUGGUGGUUACCAAGGUGGUGGUGGUUAUCAGGGAGGGGGUGGAUACCAGGGGGGCGGAGGUGGUUAUCAGGGAGGAGUCAUCUGCCUCAUCCUGAAAACAAUGUGCUUGCUAUUGUGA